UACAAAGAGUAAACAAUGUGCAAAGCAAAAAAAGGAUACAGUGGGAGCUAACUGUGGAUGCUCUUGGAUUUAACAGCCGGUGCCUGUAAAAACAACAAAGAUUCAGUCAAACUUAUGGCGUGAAGGGCCUGUUCUUGGCCUUCGUCACUCACAGCUAAUGGAUGUCUUUACCCAGUAUGCCUACAAUGACAGCUUCUACGAGAACGGAACAUGGAGCUUCAACGAGACAGAGCGCGAGCAGAAGCACCCGUACAACUACUACGCCAUGCUGCUCACUCUGCUCAUCUUUGUCAUCGUCUUCGGCAACGUGCUGGUGUGCAUGGCUGUGUCCAGGGAGAAGGCUCUGCAGACCACCACCAACUACCUGAUUGUCAGCCUGGCUGUCGCUGACCUUCUGGUGGCCACGCUGGUGAUGCCCUGGGUCGUCUACUUGGAGGUAGUGGGAGAGUGGCGCUUUAGCAAGAUCCACUGUGACAUCUUUGUCACUCUGGAUGUGAUGAUGUGUACAGCCAGCAUCCUCAAUCUCUGUGCCAUCAGCAUUGAUCGUUACACAGCAGUUGCAAUGCCAAUGCUGUACAACACUCGCUACAGUUCCAGGAGACGGGUCACAGUAAUGAUCUCCGUGGUGUGGGUACUGUCUUUCGCCAUAUCGUGUCCUCUGUUGUUUGGCCUGAAUAACACAGCUACUCGUGAUGAGUCCCUCUGUGUCAUCGCCAAUCCAGCCUUUGUGGUUUACUCCUCCAUUGUGUCCUUCUAUGUUCCCUUCAUCAUCACUCUGCUGGUUUAUGUGCAAAUUUAUGUGGUCCUGAGGAAACGCAGAAAACGUGUAAACACAAAGCCGAAGCAGCGAGUCUGUCAGGCUGCCGACCCUGACGUGGCCACUUCGCUUAAGGAUAAGUGCACUCAUCCAGAGGAUGUGAGGUUGUGCACAAUGAUUGUUAAAUCUAAUGGGAGUUUUCCUGUCAACAAGAAGAAAGUGAUAUUCAUCAAAGAUGUGGUCACUGAGGGGGAAGAUCUGGAGCUGGAUGAGCUGAACAACAGCGGCGGCAGCCAGAAACAGAAGCAGCAGACACAGUGCGCUCUAGGAGACACUCCGGCCACCAGCAAUCAGCAACUGAUGCCAAGCAAGGCCAAUGCUAGCCCCACCUCCACACCUCCCACACCCCCCGAGGAAGGCCAGAAAACAGAAAAGAACGGAGAUCCUGCCAAGGAGGCCCUGGGGGAUCCAGCACCUAUUGUAGCAAAAGCCUUCCAGACGCAAGCCUUACCCAAUGGCAAGACUCAGACUUCUGUGAAAACCAUGAGCAAGAGGAAGAUCUCCCAGCAGAAGGAGAAGAAGGCUACUCAGAUGUUAGCCAUUGUCCUUGGUGUAUUCAUCAUUUGCUGGCUGCCGUUUUUCAUCACACAUAUCCUGAACACCCACUGCACCAAAUGCAAGGUUCCCGCUGAGAUGUAUAAUGCUUUCACUUGGCUGGGCUACGUGAAUAGUGCUGUAAAUCCCAUCAUAUACACCACCUUCAAUGUUGAGUUCAGAAAAGCAUUCAUUAAAAUCUUGCACUGCUAAGCUGCGACAUCACUUAUCUGAUCAGACUAAGGGAGGAGUGAUGAAUAAAAGCAUCUCUUCGGGCAAAUACCUCAUCCUGUUAAGGGAAACGCACCACGUUGGGGAAACUGCGAUCUGCUUUUCAAAGGUACUGAGUUAAGUGACUGAAAAAAUGACAGUGUCUUACGGAAAGGCAUGUUGGCUCUAUAUGUGAAUUGUUUGUGGAGUCCUGUUCUCCAAAUCACUGAAUGUAAAACAAGAAAUGUCUGUAACAAUGACCUGUUUCAUGGGGGGGAAAAAAAGUAACAUUGUUCUCUAAAAUCAUUGUGCUUGUCAUGUGAGGAGCCAUCUGUGUAUACCACACACAUUCAAGUUGCAAAUUGCUAUUUAUUGUGUGUGUACUUUAUGUUUUGAUGAUGGAAGUUUUCUGCGAAUCUUAAAGAUAUCGAGUCAGUGUUCAUUGCAGUGUUAAAAUUGAUGCGUCAACUCUUGAAAUCUAUCACUGAUUGGAAUGUGUGUUAAAGGCAAGAGAGGAUUUUUGCAAUUUUAUAAAUUGAAGAAUCUACUACAGCUACUAGUACUACUAUUAUUAUCAUUAAUAUUAUUAUUUGCUGUAUUGUACAUAGUUUUUUUCUUAACAAAUUAACUGUGAAUAUAUUGCCUGCGAUGGAAAUGUGAUGCAUGCUACACUGCUCCUCUACUUGACUUUUCAUGAAAUGUAUGUUUAACAAAAAAUUGCAAAAGAUCUCCAAUAAAUGAAGUUAAGAUACA